AUGCUGUCUAAUAAACUGGGAAGAAAAUCUGUUAGCUCCUCGAAUGAACCUUCUCACAAUCCAACACCUACUAUCAAAAUUAAACAAGAAUUGAUCCAAGAACCGAAUACAAGACAUAUUGAACGUCAAUCAUAUAUGGUGAAACUAUAUGUGCCAAAAAUAUUUACCAGUAAAUCUACUAGAAGAAGGCACAUUGUGUACAGCGAUGACGAUGAGGAUGAAGACUACCAGGACAAAGAAUAUAAAGAUGAAGAGUAUCAAGAUAAGGAAGAUGUUGAUAUGGACCACUGUGACGACAGUGAACUAAAACUGCCUGGUUCUAAAUCUGCGAGUAGAGGUGGUUCAAACUCGAAUUUGCAAACUAUGGCGAGACUUGAAACAAGACAUGAAAGCAAGGACUCGGUAAGCUCACUUUCCUCAGUCAUCAGUUCUAUACCCAGCUCAUUUUCCGACUCAGAGGGCAUUCCAUUGCUUCUGCGUCAUACAAAUCUUAUGGCACAAAAUCCAGACUCAAGAUCAUGUUCGAGUUCUCGUAACUCAUUGCCGAAUCCUCCCCCUAGUGCCGGGUAUGCCGAUGCCCACACCACUUCUCUUCAGCUUUCUAUCACUCCUUCAUAUGAUUCUAGCGUCACUAAAGGAAGAUAUAAAAUUACAGCCCAAAACUCGAAAGGAUCAAAUCCGUUACCGUCACCACCGCUACCACUACCAAGCCGACACCCCCCUGGACCACCGCCAAAUAAGCUACAACAACCAACAACUGUCGAAGAAAUUAUCAAAGAUCCAUUAACUACAAAACAAUUGAAACUAUACGAAAAGUUUCUUAAAAGCGAGUCAUUACAUAGAAAUAAUCAGAUCAGAAAUGGAAUGACUAAGAAAUUUCCUCUUGGGUCACGCAUUUUUUUCGGUCACCCUCGAACCGUCUCAAAGCAACAGGUCUGGCAAUUAUUUUAUAGAAAUGGGCGUAUUUUUGAAAUCUUCCAUGACUUAGACCACUCGCUCAUCCAAUAUUCUACUCGAGGUGAUGGAGACCGCGCCAUUCUUCAAGUCGGAGACUUGACUUUUAGAGGUGAACCUAUUGGUAUGUAA